AUGGCGACUGUGACUCCCCCAGUGAAUCAGAGUCUCGGUGUGAACGAGUUUCUGUAUUUCAGAGUUCUCAGCCCUAAGGACAUUGGCUACAUCUUCACUGCGGCUCCUGUUCAAGAUUUCGGGGGGAUCUUUACCCGGCUGUAUGAGGAGAUCUACCUGGUGCUGGCCGAGCCUCCCGAUGGCUGUACUGAUCUGAGAAACGUAGGAGGGUGCUCUUUCCUCUCUAAGGCUCGCCGGGUGGAGGAAGCGGGUGGCAAGGCGAUCCUCAUCGCUGACAAUGCAUAUGAUAAUGACAGCCUCUACGUGGAGAUGGUGCAGGACGGCACUGCAGUCUCCACCAGCAUUCCAGCUCUGUUCCUGCUGGGAAGAGAGACUGGGAGAGGGAGAGCGAGACUGGGAGAGAGAGAGCUGUGUGCAGAGGCCCUGACCCUGUGA